AUACGUCUUCGAUAGGUACAUAUAAACACACAUAACAGGUACAUAGCCACAUAUAUAGGCAUGUCGAUCUCGUAAUAACCAAGUUUCCAUUCAACUAGCUAGGGAUCCAGAUCCAAAUGGAGCACGUACAUGAAGAACUCUAUCGGACAGACCGGAGAUGAUCGAGACUGCCGUUUCAUAAGCCAUACCAAGAUGCCCGUAUUGAAAGUGGUCAUGGUGUUCCAAAGCCGGUCCAACAUAAUGCUGCUUAGCUUGGAGAGAGACACAUAUUUACUAAUUGUUUCGAGUUGGAAAAAAAGCGCAAGCAGCAAUAUAAUAGGCAAUGCACAGCUUAGAAUUUUGCUAAUUGCCUCAUCGAAACAUACUGUUUGUAAAGGUUGCAAUGAUUGACUUAUGGCAAAAGGGAGAUUUCAGAUAUUGCUUAUAUAAACUUGAAUCUCCGAACAGCUUUGAGAAGGUGGCGGUAUGCCUUAGCAACUUGCAAAGCUUCAGCACUCAUUAAUUUCAGCACUCAUUAAUUGGCGAAGGAAUAAACAAGAGUCAUGGAGACGCUGAGUCCUAUGGUUCAAGUUAUACUGGACAAAGUAUCUACGACAAUGUUGAACAGAGCUCAAGUCAUAGCAAAGUUUGGAGACGAGUUUGACCAGCUGAGGGAAGGGUUAGAAACUACAAGGGACCUACUCGCUGACUCGAUGAAUCUUCAGAGCAAGUAUGACAAGGUCAAGGGUGCCGUGAGCCAACUAAGAGAAGUAAUUGAUGAAGCUGACGAUGUAUUGACAGAUUGCCUGGUUCGAGACAUAUACAAGGAAAAUAAGUCCUCCCUACGUUUCUGGUUUCAUGAUCCGGGAUUCUCAAGUCGAGUGGGCAAGCAGUUGGUAGAUAUCAAUUCGAAAAUGGACAUGGCACGUAGUAUCUUGGGCAAACAUUUGACUAUUGCAAACUCUACAGCGCCUGAUAGAACCCAUCAUGGUGAAAGCGAUGCAAACCAGGGUGAAAGUGAAAGGGAAUUCAUGUCACGCAAUUACGUCCCACCUGUGACCUAUGGAUUGGAUAAGGACAUUAAAAGUUUGAAAGAGUGGAUGUUUGGCAGUACCAACGGGAAACUCGACUUUGUGGGCAUUGUGGGGAUGGGGGGGUUGGGCAAAACCACCAUUGCCAAGAAGGUCUUUACUGAUACACAAGUUAUAUCUCACUUUAACAAGAUGAUCUGGGUGUCUGUUUCACAGAACUUUAGUAUGAGGCGGAUUCUGAAGUGCAUGCUGGAAAAGGCAAAUCUGCAAGCAGCGGAUGUUUCCGAAUCUGAUGACAUGUUCACCAGCCUUAGACAAGGACUUAAAGAUCAAUCCUAUCUCAUUGUCAUGGAUGAUGUGUGGCCUCAUAAAAAUUUAAAUAGUUUUUGGACCAACCUCUUUGACUCGCUACCAACAAAAGUUGAUAAAAGCAGCUGCAUCAUAAUUACUACAAGGGAUCGAGACGUUGCAAGAGUCAUGGUGCACCAAGACUCACAAAUACUUGAGCCCCCUAUUCUGAAUGACAGGGACAGCUGGUCUUUGUUCAGCGGAUUUGCAUUUCGAUCAACCAAGGGAGAAUGCCCGGAUGAGAGCUUUGAGGAGGAAGGGCAUGCUAUCGUGAAGAGAUGUGGUGGGCUUCCACUGGCAAUCAAGACAUUAGGAGGUUAUUUGGCCAAGGAGAGUCGUCCUUCUGAGUGGACCAAGACAAAAGAAAAAUUUCAUUCAUUGACUACCGAUGGAAAAACAGAAUCACUUAUGCUUUGUCUACAAGUGAGCUAUGAUGAACUUCCAAACGAUAUGAAGCAAUGCCUAUUGUGUCUCUCCGUUUAUCCUGAAGACUUUGAGAUAAACGCUGAUCAGCUAAUUCACUGGUGGUUUGGAGAGGGCCUUAUCCGGGGCAAGAAAGGCGACUCAAAAACAGCAGUAGAAGUGGGCUACGAAAAUCUGGCAAAACUAGCCAAUAGAUGCCUAUUGGAAGUCGUGGAGCGCCGAGGCUAUGAUGGAAGGAUUAUUAAGUUCAAAUUACACGAUAUGGUACGGGAGUUAAUAAUCAGGAUUGCAGAAAAAGAGAAAUUUUGCAGCUUCAGCGAAGAAUGUACGCAGAUAGGGAUUGAAGACUCUCGGUGGUUAUGUCUCACUGAAGAGAUGGCAGCUGAGGUUAAGAAGCCAUGGAUCAAAAGAAAGUCAAAGAUGAGGUCACUUUUACUGAUGUCAAGCCCUUCAUUGGUUGACUUCAGCAAGAACUUUGAGUUGUUGGAGUCACUCAGGGUAUUGGACUUGUCUUUCUCGAAGUUAGAUGUGAUUAUUGUUGAAGAUAGCAACACAGCCUCUUCAGGGAUUUGUGUAGAGAAGCUCUUCGACAUGAUCACUUCUCUGAAACGCCUAGCAUGUCUAAACCUCAGUGGAGUUCAGAAACUAUUAGAACUGCCAUCUUCGAUUGAGAAACUCCUUAACCUCCAGGUCUUGGUGUUGAAUGGAUGCAGAAAUUUAGGCAAAAUACACGCCAAAAUCACAAGUUUGAAGAGGCUUGUUGUCUUGGACAUUGGAACAUGUCCCCUCGAGCACCUGCCUCGGGACCUAGGGAGCCACUCUUAUCUUCAAGAACUCUCUGGAUUCAGGGUGGAAAGUCGGGCUAAAACACAGGGUUGCACCCUUCUUGAGCUUGGAAAACUGGAGCAGCUAAGAGUUCUUCGAAUUACAAUAGGUGAUGUGGCUGAAAUCUCCGAAAAAGAAAAGAAGAGCCUAUCAAGUCUCCAGAACCUCAAGGUUCUAGCUAUUGAUGCUGCAGAUACAUGCAAUCAAGAAGAUCUGGAAAUGAUAAAUGAGCUGGAGUUGCCUCGAAAGAUAGAGGAGCUGUAUCUCAGGAAUUACCGCUCCCAAAAAAUGCCAAACUGGUUUAGUCCCUUGAGGCUUCCUAAAUUGCAUUAUCUUUCUAUUGAGGAUUGCGACGUUGAAAGCCUAAAGGACAACUGCAGUUGGAAAAUUGAAGGUUUGUAUUUAAAAUUGUUAAAUAUGUUAGAGGUAGACUGGAAUGACUUGAAGAGGGUUGUGCCAGCCUUACGCUACAUGGAGAUUAGCAGAUGUUCCAAAUUGAAAAACUUUCCCAUCGACGUUGUCAAUCCAGGGGUUUGGAGAAAGUGAUGGAUCAAUAACAGGAAGGAAAAAUCACCAUGGAAUUAAGCUUUGAUCGUUGGAGAGUUCAUGAGCAUAUUGCACCUCUAUUCGUAUGAAAUUUGUGUUCUAUGUAUUCUAGGGUACAAGACAUUUAUGGGAUUUUGUGUGGUGUUAUAUUUGCUUGGCAUGUAAAGGUAUUUAAUUAUGUGUGAUGCACUGGUUGUAAUCCAAAUUGAUCUGAGACAAUGAGUAUGUAAUGCUGUGCGUAAGACAUUAUUCUAUGUUUUCAAUGAUCAAUGUGAUUGAAAAGAAGUUCUGCGGAACGCGGAUAUGAGCAAAGCACAGCAAU